AUGGCUGACACACCACAAUCCAGCACUUCCCCAGAGUCGGGAGAGGAACCCACUGGCACAACGGGCGGUAAUCAAUCUGCUUCUAAACUCCCGGCUUCCAAGGAUAAAGAGUGUCCCUACUGCCACCAGCAGUUCACAUCGUCCUCCCUCGGCCGUCAUCUGGAUCAAUUCAUCUCAAAGAAAAAGCCUGAUGGCAUCCACAAUGUCGAUGAGAUCCGUCGCAUGCGAGGUGGUAUCACAAGACGCACUGCCCGAGGCGGAAAGAGAGACAGCGCUCCUGGAGAUCGCGACGACACCCGCUCUCCUCGUCACAGUCCCCCACCUCCCUCAGAGCCAGCCGUGUCAACCGUGUCGACUGACAACUUGAACCGUGUUCCUCCAGGAGGCAUUCAAUCCCGCAUCAACAGACUCAAUUGGUUGUCCACUGGCGUCAUCAACGAUCCUACCUCUCUCGAUUCCCCUAUGCCAAAUGCUCCGCCCACACCCGCCCUUGUCCAUAGUCCUUCUAUAGGAACCAAGCGCACCUUCACCAUGUAUUCGCAAGACCUAACCACCGCCGAAACAAAUCGGGCUCUUGAGCUCUCCUUGCGUGAGGUCUUGGAUUCCUUGCGCGCUGCUACCAAACAUGCGACUCCGAAACCGAGUCCGUUCAAGUUCGAUGUUCAGAGUCAAACAUAUCCCGGCCUCUGCUUGAAAGUUUUGUCCCCUCCAGCAACCUUGUUUCAAACGAGUCCAUUUAGUACUCCCACCAGCAUUCCGAUCUCUCCGCCAGGCCCAGAUCAGCUAGCACCACUCCGGCAAAAACUCACCAGUACCAUUGACUAUUGGAAAUGGCAGGCCCUACGUCUUGCCCAACCCACCACGUCAAAUAUAGCCGAAGAGGCAGAUUUCCUGACCCAGAGCGCCACGCAAUGGACGGAGAGUACAAUGGCUCACCUCGAGGCCAGUUUCCAGAAUUGGAUGGCACAUCCCAUUGAGAUCCGCAACUUGUUGUGGCAGGUGGAGCUUUUACGAGCUUACAGCACCGAACAGCAAAAGGCGACCGAACUGGAGGAAAGGAUCGAAAGUCUCAAACAGGAGGCCACCCAGUUACAGCAGCAGGUGGAAUAUUUGAGUCGCUGCCAAUGGCCUCGAGAGAUGGCCCUCUGGCCGCCCAAACGCAAACCGUUUGGACACAAAAUGCGUGAAGAGAUCCGACUGAUCAAUCUGAACAAACUGCCUGCGCCCGAUGGUGUUGAAGAUAUGGUAGAAAUACCCGAUAACAUCCAUACUCGAGGGGACAAAUGGGAUUUUGAUAAGCUUGUGUCCAAGUGGAAGUCUUACAUCAAGGAAGAUAAAAAUCGCCGAAUCCCCCCAGUGCAAUCCAGUGCGACACCAACCGAAGGGCCAUCCAUCAAGAUUGCCGAUUACCACAAGUCUUACGUUGAGUCUCCGGUCAACGGCGUAUCCAUGAAUGGUCCCUCACCUAAUGGGAUGGAAGAAAGACGUCGGAGUACGAGAAAUCAAAAGGGCAAUAUAAGCAUUGUCUCGGACUAUUAA